AAAAAAAAAAUCAUCUCUGCGAGGAAGAAACACCACGAAAUUCCAAUUUCCAAAGCCCCGCCUCAAUCUCCAUUUCUCCAUUGCAUCUCUUUAAACGCACGCACAAUGUCGGUGAUGAUAGUGACGAGCUUGGGAGACUUGGUUGUGGAUUUGUUCACCGAUCGUUGUCCUUUGACGUGCAAAAACUUUCUAAAGCUGUGCAAGAUCAAGUAUUAUAAUGGCUGUCUAUUCCACACAAUUCAAAAGGAUUUCACCGCUCAGACAGGUGAUCCUACUGGAACUGGUUCUGGUGGUGAUUCAAUUUACAAAUUUUUGUACGGUGAUCAGGCUCGAUUCUUUGGUUUGGAUUUGAAGCAUUCUAAGAAGGGAAGUGUUGCCAUGGCUAGUGCUGGAGAGAAUCUUAAUGCUUCUCAGUUCUAUAUCACGCUGCAAGAUGAUCUGGACUAUCUUGAUGGGAAGCACACUGUUUUUGGAGAGGUGGCAGAAGGAAUUGAUACACUAGAUGGAACUCAAGAACUUGAGGAGGUUCUGCGUGCAAAGGAAGCUCAUUCUCGUGCAAUUGUGCUCCAAAGUAUAGGGGAUAUUCCUGAUGCUGAGAUAAAACCUCCUGAUAAUGUCCUCUUUGUUUGUAAAUUAAACCCAGUAACGGAAGAUGAAGACCUGUAUACUAUCUUUUCACGUUUCGGAAGAGUGACUUCUGCUGAAAUAAUAAGAGAUUACAAGGCUGGAGAUAGUUUGUGCUAUGCUUUUAUUGAGUUUGAGGAGAAAGAAGCCUGUGAAGAAGCAUAUUUUAAGAUGGAUAAUGCUCUAAUUGAUGAUCGAAGGAUUCAUGUUGAUUUCAGUCAAAGUGUUGCAAAAUAUUGGUUCCAGUAUAGAAACCGCAAGGAUGAAAUGGGUAAAGGAGGAGGUUGCUUUAAGUGUGAUCACAUUCGCAUUACCCAACAUCAUCAUCCAAAAUACAUACUUAAAGAAGAUAACAGGCAGCACGGUGGAGAUGAUAACUCAAGGUUUGAAAUGGUAUUUGGUGAAGAUGCUGGUGGUAGUCCAAGAGGAAAUAAAAGGCAACAGGAUUAUGGAGCUGAAAAAGAUGAUCGCAAACAGAAUGUUAAACGUAGGUGCCGGGUCCGUAUAAAUUCUUAUCCUCAACAGAAAAAGGUCAAAAUGGGAUGUCAAAAAAUUGUGUUAUAA